GUUUCUUUUUGCCUGCACAGAGUCAGGAAGUGGUGAGGGCGGGGCCAGCGCUGCAGGGCGAGGUCGUUAGGGCUGCUAAGAUGCUGCUCGACUUGUCUGAGGAGCAUAAGGAGCACCUGGCGUUCUUACCGCAAGUGGACAUCGCAGUGGUCGCCGAGUUCGGGAGGAUCGCGGUGGAGUUCCUCAGACGCGGAUCUAACCCGAAGAUCUACGAAGGCGCCGCCAGAAAACUCAAUGUGAGCAGUGACACUAUCCAGCAUGGUGUGGAAGGAUUAACAUAUCUCCUCACUGAGAGCUCCAAGCUCAUGAUUUCUGAACUUGAUUUCCAAGACUCUGUUUUUGUUCUGGGAUUCUCUGAAGAACUGAAUAAAUUACUGCUUCAGCUUUACCUGGACAACAGAAAGGAGAUCAGAACUAUUCUGAAUGAGUUGGCACCUCGACUUCCCAGUUACCAUAGUCUUGAAUGGCGCCUAGAUAUACAACUUGCAAGCAGAAGUCUCCGGCAACAGAUUAAACCAGCAGUGACUGUAAAGCUGAACCUCAACAAGAAUGGCGACCACAGUACCCAUUUUUUGCAGACAGACCCAGCUACCCUGCUUCAUUUGGUUCAGCAGCUGGAGCAAGCGUUGGAGGAAAUGAAAACAAACCACUGCAGGAGAGUAGUCCGAAGCAUCAAGUAGCUCCUUGGUUCAGUUGGAGAUGCAGGAAUUGCAAUAGUACAUCUGGAUUUCAUGGACUUUCUCUUCUGGUUCAGGAUGUUGAAGUCUUGAUUUGAAGCUAAAGUACAGUUCCUUUCUGGUGCUAAAUACAGUCAGCUUCUUCACAAAUUGAAAUUUGUUUUAUAUUUUAAAUGUGUAAAUAGGAUGGACUCAACUAAAACAAGUCAAUACUGCUCAUGUUUUCUGUGUAUACAUGACUCUCCUGGAAUACUGUUCAUGUCUUCUGUGUGUACGUGAUUCUCCUGGAGUACUGUCUGUGUGUACAUGAUUCUCCUGGAAUACUGUUUAUGUCAUGUAUACAUGACUCUCCAGGCUUAGGUAUUUUUUUGUCUAUUUUAUUUUUUUUUCCUUGAUCAAAAUUUGAAAAUAAAAUUCACUGUUACUACUUAGAACUA